AUGAGAGAGCAACAGAGAGAGAGGGGGAGGGCGAGGAGCGACGAGAGGCACGGAGACGGGAGUGGGGGAGGGGAGAGGGCCAAGGGAGAGGAACAAGCAAAAAAACAGAGCAAGCAAGGACCAGAGGGAGGAAGGGCGAUGGGGGGGCAGCCGCCGGAAGCCCACGCAGACAGGAAGGGCUGGAGGGAAGGGCGGGGGGCGGAGGAGGAGGGGAAAGGAGGCGGCACAAGGGGAGGACACGAAAGGGCCUGGGAGGAGAGGGGGCGGAACGGUGAGAGGCGGAAGGGGAAGGCACGGGAGAUACGGGAGGAGGAGGAGGAACAGGGGGGAAAAGCAAGGCCGGCCGAGGGGGAGGGGGGACGGAGGGCAGGGGGCGAAAGGGCGCGAGGGUACAGGCCGAAGAAAAAGAGAGUAGGCGACUAG